GACAUGAAGCAGAAGGUUGUGUUGGGGGAAUGUUUAUAGUAAAUAGUGAUGGUUCUUUGGUUCUCUCUUUCACUGUGAUUUUUGUGACCACACUGUUUUUAUUCAGGUCAAAAAAGAGCCAGUCAAGCUAUUUCUUUCUCACUAUACCCCACAAGAAAGUGAAAUAACACAUCUCAUGUCUCCCUUAGAUUCCUUCUUUAUUUCAAAACAUUUACCUUUCUCUCCUCACACCCUCUCAAGCCCUCACCUUUCCCUGUGUUGUACUCCCAAUUCCCAUGACAAUUGGUGGGGACACUUGUGUUUUUCUUUUGUCAGAUUCUUAUUUACUUGAACAAAGUACUAGAAGCAAAACAAAUAUAUAACAAUAGAAAAAGAGAUAAAAAAGAAAUCCCUUGAAUAAAGAAGCAAACAGAAUCUCUUUGCCCCUCACUCUCUUCUCCUCUCCUACCCACCAACACUUUAAAGGUCCAGCCUGCUCUCAUUUUCUUUUCUUAGAUGAAGACAAUCAUGUCAAAGAGUUUCCAAGACUUGUCCUCUAAGAGGCAGUUCCACUGGACAGCUAAAGUGAGCAAUGAAGAACAAGAGCAACAAGAAGUGACAUCAGAAAAUCCAUCUCGCAAGCACUCCUCAAACAGAAAUGAAGAGAGGAAAAUAGAGAAUAUAAAGGUACAUUCUUUCAAGAAUCCUGAAGUCUCAAACACCAAGACUUCUUCUACUUUAAACACCAUCCAUGAAAACAAGGCAGAUGACAACAACCAGUUAAAGCAAGAAUCUGCUUCGGCAACUAGGAGGAAGCUACAAACUGUAGCAGUAGCCAGGCUAAAAUCUGUCCUAACGGCGUUCGGGCGAAACAGGUCUAACUUCCAACAAGGCCUUGGAACAAGAGUUGUAGGCACCCUUUUUGGACACAGGCGUGGACAUGUACACUUUGCAUUUCAAAAAGAUUCCACCUCACAGCCAGCUUUCUUAGUUGAGUUAGCCACACCUAUAAGUGGAUUAGUCCGAGAGAUGGCGUCUGGGUUGGUACGAAUCGCAUUGGAAUGCGACAAGGAGGAAGAGAAAAAAGUGUCCAGACUCAUAGAUGAGCCUGUGUGGAGGACUUACUGCAAUGGUAAAAAAUGUGGCUUUGCAACAAAAAGAGAAAUAGGGGAAAAAGAACUGCAGAUUCUAAAAUCUGUGGAGCCAAUAUCAAUGGGUGCUGGUGUUUUGCCAGGGAAUGGAGAAGAAGAAAGUGCUGAGUCUGGGGAGAUUAUGUAUAUGAGAGCAAAAUUUGAGAGAGUUAUUGGAUCAAGAGAUUCAGAGGCAUUCUACAUGAUGAAUCCUGAUAGCAAUGGAGCUCCUGAACUUAGCAUUUACUUGCUCAGAGUUUAAGGUUUAUCAACCAAAACUUAUUAGAAUAUUAGAGAGUUUUUUAACUGAAUAUAUUAAUCUUUUCUUGAUCCAUGAACAUGGAGAUCUAGCAAUGUUCUAUGCUUUUAUUUUCUUUUUGUAUUUUUAUUUGGGAUAACAAUGGGUUACUGUAAUCUUUUUCUCUUUCUUGGGUGGAAUGGAAAAUAUAUGUUACUUAUAUUACCUAAAUAUGCUAGCUUGAUUGAAGGA